GUGGCUGAAGAGCAAGCCCAUCCCAAGAGACCAGGGUGGUCAACUCAAAGGGCUGGACCCACAUGCAGAGACAAGACCAGCUGGAGCAGUGGUUGGCACCUCAAGUUGGAGAGGAUGGGGGAGCAGGGGUCCCAUUCUGGCCCCUCACCUCUGAGGCUUAAGACAGCCAUCAAACAGCAGUCCUAACACUGGAGGACUUUAGCUGGUUCUCGGAGGGAAAGGGCCAAGAGUUGGAGGCGUGGGUGUAGAUGGCAUCCUCUUGGGCAUUGCUGUUCCAACUGAGGAAGUGCCCCUGGGUCCCACACAUUCUGAGCUGCUGCUCAAAAUGGUGGGGAGGGGGACCCCCAGCCCCACUCCCCCAAAGCUUUGAGGCCUUUGAAGCCCCUGUUCGACUUGCCCCAGUUUUGCCACUUGUUUCCUCAGCCUCACUCCACCCCCACCAUGCAAGUGGACCCUUAUGUCCAAGAGUUGGGGAAGCUGUCUGGGACAGCAGCUCCCAGCAUCCCCUAGCCACCCUGACCAGGGAAUUAGCCCACGCAAUCGCACUGACUUUUACCUUUGGUGGCAGGCUUGUGAAUAGCAGGCGUCCUUUGGCGCCUUUGAGACCAAUCAGAGUUCGCACACCGGAGGGGCAUGGUGGCCUCCCAUGCCAGGCCCCUGUGGCCCCUUGCCAGCUGUAGGGGGUGGCUGGGCCUGUGCAUCCGCAAACACGUCUGGUGGGUGGAAGGGAAACCUCUUCAGCAAGGUGAACCUCAAGGUAGGUAAAGGUACGUUUGCACAGCAGGGGUGUGUGCCUGGCGCGGAGGAGGACUUGGCAGCCGUUGGGCACUUCUGUCCCAUUCAGCUGUAGCUGAAGCUUGGCGUGGCUGCAAGGCCUUGGCGGUUGUCUCUGCACCUCCUGGGCUUUAAGCCACAUUUGGAAGAAAAAAAGGACAUUGGGCUCAGGACUGGAAAGAGAAGGCCUUCACCCCAGACCUCACUCAGCUGGUGCUGCUGCUGCUGCUGUGGAAGGAGUUGCCGGCCUGCCUUGCCUCUGUGCCCAACGAUGGCUCGGAAGAUGAGCAUAGACCAGCUGGAGGACCAGCUCCUCUGCCCCAUCUGCUUGGAGGUCUUCCGGGAACCCCUGAUGCUCCAGUGCGGGCACUCCUACUGCAAGCCCUGUGUGGUCUCCCUCUCGGGGGGGCCCGGAGAGGCCCUUCUCUGCCCUGUCUGCCGCAAGGCUGUCGACUGCACCAGCUCCCCACCCAACGUCAGCCUGGCCCGCGUCAUUGAGGCCCUGCGUGGCGCGGGGGAAGGCUGUGGCGCUAGUGGUCCCGAGGCCUGUGAAGAGUCCUGCCCCGACCACCGCAACCCCCUCAGCCUCUUCUGCGAAGACGACCGGGCCGUGAUCUGCGGGCUCUGCGGCACCAUCGGCACCCACCGGCACCACAAGGUCACGCCCGUCUCCAGCGUCUACAGCCGGAUGAAGGAGGAGCUGUCUGUCCUGAUGACUGGGGUGCAGCAGCAGCAGAGGGACCUGGAUGAGCAUGUCAGCCGGCUGAUGAACAACAAGACGCGCAUUGCGAACGAGUCGGACGUCUUCAAGUGGGUGAUCCGGAAGCAGUUCCAGGAGCUGCACAGGUACAUCGACGAGGAGAAGGCCCGGUUCCUGGGGCAGAUCGAGAGGCAGGUGGCCGGCCUGGUGGCCUCCAUCCAGGUCCAGGCAGAGCAGGCAGCGGACGCCCUCCGGGAGCUGAAGGAGUUGGAGGACUCACUGCAGAGCCUCAACAACGAAAGCCAACUGGACUUCAUCCGGAAACAUGGCUCCCUCCCUUCCAGGUCCGAACUGCCCCAUCAGCACCCGGCCGAAGGGGGCACCUUCACCGCCAUCUCCUUUAAGCCCGGCUUCCACCAAGACGACGUCCAGAUGAUGGUGUGGAAGCGGCUGCUCCGCAGGGUCCUCCCAGCGCCAGAGACGCUGAAGCUGGACCCGGAGAGCGCCCACCCAAUGCUGGAGCUCUCCAAGGGCAACACGGUGGUCCGGUGCGGCCUCCUCUCCCAGCGGCGCAACAGCCACCCGGAGCGCUUUGACUACAGCACCUGCGUCCUGGCCAGCAAGGGCUUCUCCUGGGGGCAGCACUACUGGGAGGUCAUAGUGGGGGGCAAGAGCCACUGGCGCCUGGGGGUGGUCAAGGCCACCGCCAGCCGCAAGGGCAAGCUGGGCAAGAGCCCCGAACAAGGGGCCUGGCUCAUUGGCCUCAAGGAGGGCAAGGUCUACGAAGCCUUCGCCAGCCCCCGGGUGGCCCUGCCCCUGACGUCCAGGCCCCGCCGCGUGGGGGUCUUCCUCCACUACGAACGGGGGGAGGUGGCCUUCUUCAACGCCGACAGCCCCAAUGAGCUCCUCCCGAUCUACGCCUUCCAGGCUGAGUUCCAGGGGAAGCUCUACCCGCUGCUGGAUGUCUGCUGGCACGAGAGGGGCACCAACGCCCUGCCCAUGAUCCUGCCCACACAAGCCAUGCUGCAAGCCCAAGGUGACAACAGCGGUGCCGAGGACGGCAGCGGCGGCGACCGCAGCAGCGACCCUGAGCAGCCCACCAAGUUGUAGCCGGGAAAGCAGUGCCCCGUUGGCUGCAUGUCGACUGGCUUCUGCCACGGCCGAGUUUCCCGAUGUCCUUGCAAAUGUCUUUUGAGCUCUUUGUAGUUACUCUGCAGCCCCUGGAAAAAGGCUGCAAGACCACAAACACCAUCCGGAGUUCUGGCUAAUGGUCCUUUGCCAAAGAGCAGCCACCUUCUUCCAUGGGGCGAUGCGGGGGGACGCGUGACUUUAUGGGGGUCCUCCCUAUGUGAGGAGAGAGGAAAGGCGUGGAAAGGACGGCUGGCCAUUUUUACUGUUAGGAAUUUUUAACCUUUUGCCCGUUUUAAUUUCUUGGGGUUCUGGUUCUGAGCGAAAGGCACAUUUGUCGGUGAUUGAAGCAGUGAUAGGAAUGGGCUCUAUGGCCAAGCAGGGGCAGAACUGCUUCAGGCCUGGAAGUGGUGUGGGGAACAUCUGCCACCCCCCAGAUUUGUUGGACUGCAACUCCCAUGACCCCUUGCCCUUGGGACACACUGAGGAGGGCUGCUGGGAGUUGCAGCCCAGCAACAUUUGCCAGUCCUGCGCUCUCCCCACUCCACAUUCAGGAAGGAAAUGAUGGUGUUAAGGUGCCACAAGACUGAAUAAAGACAGAUUCCUCAACCUUUCUCUUGGCUUGGAGUUCCUCUUUGGUUCACAACAGCCACCCCCUGGAAGCGCCAGUGUGGACCCCUGGCCCCUUUGGGCAUCAAGGACUCUGCCAGUCUGGGGCACAUGGUGCUAUGUCAAUUCAGUUGGCCACAGGUGUCAAUUGCCAAGGAUCAAUUAAACUGCUCAUACCAGA